UCGGCAAAUAAGAAGCGUUAUUUGUUCAACAAUUUACCACUUUGUGAACCCCAGUUUAUAAAAACAGUCCGGGAUCGUUGUCACUCUCAGUUGUAGCAUUGCGCGGUUCGCACGCGUGCCUAUACUAUAAUUGUGUACUGAUAAGUUCGGCUAAUAAUAACGGCGCGGGAGUUCCGUAGCUUCAACGUAGCAGUCGCCUACGAGCUUCCGUUCGAUCGUGUUCCGCUGAAUCUGUUCAAACGAUUUCGUCUUUCGAUUGUGUAAACAAUGGCCACCAAAAAUGUACAGAAUGUAGAGAGUGGCAAUGCUAACGCCGCGCUCGAGGGCGAGGCGGCUCCCAAUGUUUCGCGCCCUCCGCCUCCCCGCGGAACGACCUCUAUCAUCGGAGUAUCGGACAUCACAGAGAACAAGCAGAUCUGGAGGCAGGUGGUAGCCGAGCUGGUAGGCACGUUCCUGCUUACCUCAAUCGGCGUCGCAUCAUGCAUCGCCAUCUCUGAAUCCAACGCUCCUAAGGUCACCAGCAUUGCGCUCUGCUUCGGUCUCCUAGUCGGCUCUAUCGUACAGGCGAUCGGGCACGUGUCGGGCGGGCACAUUAACCCGGCGGUGACAUGCGGAUUGUUCGUGUCGGGAGACAUCAAAUUGCUCAAGGCUCUGCUGUACGUGGUCGCGCAGGCAGUGGGCGCAGUCGCUGGUGCCGCAUUCAUCAGGCUCGCCGUGCCCGAGAAUGUUGUGGGAGGCUUCGGUAUGACCCUGCCCGGACCUGGGGUUAAUGAUGGACAGGCUCUGCUGGUGGAAGCGCUGAUCACGUUUGUGCUCGUGUUGGUGGUGCAAGGUGUGUGCGACGGCGGCCGUACCGACCUGAAGGGCUCUGCACCCCUUGCUAUCGGCCUCAGCAUUACCGCCUGCCAUGCCGCAUGUAUCCCAUUCUCUGGCUCGAGCAUGAACCCGGCGCGUUCCUUCGGUCCUGCCCUCGUUAUGGGCGACUGGACUUCCCACUGGGUGUACUGGGUAGGUCCGAUCGUGGGUGGUGUGGUCGCCGGCCUGGUGUACAAGUUUAUCUUCUGGAUCGGCAAGAGCGGCGAGAGUGGCUCCUACGACUUCUAAGCGUCUCGAAUUCAAGCUAGUGCCUUAGCUGUAUCAUUUAACCUCUUGCAUUAGAACCCCAACAGAUUGGUACAAAUAUCACUUACGCUGCUUAUUUUUAGUAUGCUCAAUAAUCUAACUAUAUUUGAAUUAUUUAUUAAAUGUAACGUUCGAACGUAAUUGUACCAAUUCGUCUAAUUUAUUUAAUAUGUUGAAAGGAAAUCAAAAAAAUUGAAACGGAACGAAACGAAUAACAAAAAUAUGUGGAAGGAGACAUAUAAAUUGUCUUCAUGUAGGUAUCGAAUCGCUAGAAGGCUUGAAGGGUAGUGCGAGAGGUUAAUGGUUACAUCGUACAUGCUCAUUGAUAGAUGUACAUCUCUUUUGACAUUUAAUCUGUGACAUUCUCCCACGAAUAUUUCAUAAUUUAUUUAUCAAUGAGCGUUUGUUACGAUCGAUUCUAUUUUUAAUACAUGUUUGGAACAAUCCAAAGCCGAUAUUUAUAAACGAUACUUGUUGAUUUAACAGAAAAAUAUAACUAAUAAAUAUAUUAUGGAAGACUAUAUUGGUCGCAUGUAAGAUAAUAUUUAGGUUAAGAUAGGGUUUAUUUUAAGUCUAUUUAUACAUUGUGAUUAAGGCUUGAUAUCCACUAGAGAUAGGCAUAUGAGUAAAGAAAAAACCUGCUAAUAUUGAAUUAACCAAUUACGUCUUUAGUGGAUACCUAGCCUGUGAUUAUAACAAUUUAAAAGAUGUUUAUUACACAAAUUGUAUACUCGUAGUGUUGUCUGUCAUUUUGAAUUUAACAUUAUUUUUAUUUACUAUAAAUUAUUAUGUCGGACAUUACUCACGUGAAAUAUCUUUUACAUAAUAAAUAACUACAAAUUA